UAUAUCUACAUAUAUACAACAAAGAAAUAGAAUAAAGUCAUACACUCGAAAUAUUUAUUAUUCUUACCUAUAAAAACAACACCAAUGGAUACAGACACAAAAUUAAAAGACAUCCAAUUGUAUAGACCACCACCAGGGUAUACAUUAAGUAGAACAAAAUUAUUCCGAUUACAAAGUGUUGAUACAUCUAUGAAACAAUCAAAUAAAUCAGUUAAUAUAGAACAGAUUGAUAUUAAUGAAUUGUCCAAAAUUAUUAAUAUGAAUCAAUUAAAAAUUUUACAAAUUAGACAAACAAUUAUGAAUGAAUUUAUAUAUAAACUACUAAAAUCUAUGAAACAAUUAAAAAGAAAUUCACAAACAUUAAAUGGAAUCAAUUAUGGUAAAUAAUCAAAAUUAAUUAAAAUAUUACAAAUUUCAUUGAG